UGCCAUCGCCGCAUUAUCAGUUUGUCUACCGCAGUGGCAUCAUCGAACCUCCCCCUAAAAAUACGAGAGAAUAUUCCCAGAAAUUAACAAUCUUAUCAACAAUGCCACUGAAAUUUAACCGAUUGUGCCUGCCAUUGCUCCUGUUCGCUUGUCAUCUACUGGCUGAGAUUCCACAAUGCUUUCACUUUACCUGGGUUGGUGCCUACGAUAAUCACUCGAACAUCCAGACCGAAACCUGCGACUCCAGAGUGGGUGACUUUAACGACAUACCCUGCGAAGAACCACUGGUUGUUACACCCGACGACACAGUGCCGGAUGUGAAGGCUCUGUGGCAAAAUACCACGGAGAACCGCGAGAACUUUCUGUGCCAAAUGUCGCCCGGUCGCUCAUGCGUGAAAUACUCCUACAUAUUCAAGGGCGGAAUACAGAACAUCACGUAUAUGUGCGCCAACGUGAACAGCAGCAACGGGUGCUACCGACAGCUACAUCCAACCGGCAUGGUUGUGGAGGCCUGUGUCUGCACCUCCCGAGUGGGUCUGAUACCCUGUAAUGGCUGCUCGAGAACUCGGCUCGGCGGUGCCACGGGCUGGGCUCUUUGUUUGCUCGGCCUUUAUCAAUGGCUAAAUAAAUAUCGAAUAGUUUGAACUGCAAAUACGGUGCCUUUAUGUAAUGUGACAUUUCCGGGCUUUUGAUUUUGACAAGCCUCUGCGAAAUUUAUGUGCACUCUUUGUAGGCCAUGCAUUUUCGUUUUUUGACGGUAUUUUUUACGCCGCCCGAUGUGGCUAAAUAAACUGCCAUAAUUUAUUUGCUCGCCCAUUAAUCAAUUGCAAGUUGAUGAUGACAAUGACGCUGACUGUCCGCUGGGCAAUUUGC